AUGGAUGUACCAGAGGGGAAUGGAAACCCUUUGGGCAAUGGACUCGGUCGAGCUAGGCAAACUCGACCGAUUGGUCAAGGAGAUGCUCCAAACCGCCACCAACAGAGACAAGGGAUUGUUCCACCACCAGUGCAGAACCACAACUUUGAGAUCAAGCUGGGAAUGAUCAACCUUGUCCAGAACAAGAUGUUCCAUGGAUUGCCAAGUGAAGACCCCAUUGACCACCUUGAUGAGUUUGAUAGGCUUUGUGAUUUGACAAAGAUCAAUGGUGUCUCUGAAGAUGCCAUCAAGCUGAGACUCUUUCCUAUGUCUCUAGCUGACAAAGCUCACCAAUGGGAGAAGAGCUUGCCCCAUGGCACAAUCACCACUUGGGAUGAAUGCAAGAAGGCCUUUCUUGCUAAGUUUUUCUCCACCGGUCGCACAGCCAAGCUUAGAGGAGAGAUAUCCAGCUUCAUCCAGCGAAACAAUGAGACAUUCGCAGAGGCUUGGGAGAGGUUCAAAGGGCUACACAAGUAUAGGGAGAUGCUAGACACAGCUAGCAAUGGGAACUUCCUCAACCAGGAUGUAGAUGAUGGCUGGCAACUUGUGGAGAACAUAGCUAACUCAAAUGGAAGCUAUGGAGAAGAGUAUGAUACAACCUGGAGCUCGACCCACCACUCGAUCGAGUCAGACGAGAUGAGAAAAGACAUGCUUGCACUGAAUCGAAGUUGGACAAACUGA